AUGAUGAUGUCCGAUCUUCCAUCAGAACUAGUAGAAGAAAUACUCUCUAGGGUUCCAGCCGCAGAUUUGAAACGAUUACGGUCUACUUGUAAACGAUGGAACUCUUUAUUCAAAGAGCCAAGAUUCACCGAGAAGCACUUUCAUAAAGCUCCAAAGCAGCCUCGUGUUCUCAUAUUGAAAGAUUAUAAGAUUUUUCCAAUGAGCAUCGAUUUCGACGCUGCUCCUCCAUCUGUAGAGUUUAAGAGUCCGCUUGGCCUACCGGAUUCCCAUUCUAAUGCAGAAAAAGUAUAUAUUGGUGAAUUUAUUCAAUGCGACGGUUUGUUGUUAUGCAUCACCUUUGACAAAAUCGCGGUUUCGAAUCCGUGGUUGGGGGAAGCAAGGUGGAUUCAAUCCAAAUAUGGUUACAAGGACGGCUCUCAGUUUGGUAUAGGAUACGAAAACAAGAAAUCUUUUCGUAGCUACAAAAUCUUAAGGUUUGGGUCUUGUUGGGAUAAGAACCAGAAACACCUUCUCGAGUUUGAAAUCUAUGAUUCAUGGAGGGUUCUUGAUGACGUCUCUCUCGACAGCAACACACAACUAUGGGAAGUGGGUGUUGUGUCUUUGAAAGGAAAUAGUUACGGGCUUGAGAGUACUAGUGGUAAUCAUGCUGCUUUAUCAGCUGUUAGAGAUGAAAAACUAUCAGUGUUACAUUGGGACAAUGACAUAUAUCAAAUGACAGUGUGGGUGACUGAUAGAAUUGAAACCGAAGCCGCAACAUUGUCGUGGAGCAAAGCCUUUAAAGUUGAUUUUGAUUGGCGUAUAUCUUAUCCGUAUUUCAAGAGCUUUUUAUACGACGAGGAGAAGAAAACGGCCUUGUGUUGUGAAUCUUGUGAUAUGGGUUAUGUGACCAACAUGACAAAGCUAUACAUUAUUAGAGAGCACGAUGAAUAUAACUCAGAAACUCCUUACGUGGGAUAUACAGACAAACCAUAUUGGCCAUAUGUUUUGGAUUAUGUUCCAAGUUUGGUUCAUAUCCCAGCCAAGGUAGAGACACAAGAAGAGAAUGAAACUAGGAAUUGA